AUGUCUUUUUCUACCAUUAAGAAACACAUAGCACGAUGUAAUCAGUUUUUAUCCGAAAAAUUGGGAGCUACCAAGGGCAUGGACAAGGGUCCUGAUUACAAACAACUUACUCAGCUUAUAGACUCAUACAAAGCCUUUUAUGAAGAUGUACAAAAGCGGGUUAUUGACUGUUUAGAACCUAACCCUAAUGCGCGAAAACGAGCAUGGGCUAGUGCUGCCGUAAAUAAAAUUCAGGGAAACACAAACAAUGAGAAUUAUCCUCAUGCAGAGGGGUUUCUUUCUGACUGCUUUUUGGAGUAUGGAAAACAAUUAAGUCAGCAACCCGGUUUGAGUUUGGCACUUAUACAAUGUGGAGAAGCAUACAAUAAAAUUGUUGAAUCAAAAAAUCAAUCGGUAGAUGAAACAAAAUCUGGCUAUUUAAAACCGAUUUCUGAGAAGUUACACCGAGAUAUCAGGAAGAUAUCAGUACUUCGAAGAAAAGUUGAAAAUAAACGAUUAACGUUUGCUCAUAGAAAAAAUGUCCUAGAAAAAAAUGCGUUCACAACCAAUGCUCACCCGGAUCAAGCAUUUGAGGAGUGUAGAAUUCAGUAUGAAGACUCAUUGGCAGCUAGUACAGCAGCUAUGUCGAACUUUUUGGAUACUGAAGUUGAACAAAUCAAAACUUUGUCUAAUUUCGUUAAUGCUCAAUUAAGCUUCUAUCAGGAUGCUGCUCGAAUUUUAUCCGAUCUACAUGGAGAACUUGAAAUGAGAUUGUUGGAUGCAUGUUUUAGCCGAAACCGAUUGUUUUCUGUUUCUGAGAUCCUUCUGAUUACAGUCCAUCUCAAUUCCAACAUUUUAUUUUAUCACGCUAAGCCUUCUCUUCAUAAUUACAAAUUCCGUCUAUCAAUUAAGGGGCGAAUGUACUGUGCAGCAGUUCGUUCUGUUCUACUUUACGUUUGCGAAACGUGACCAUGAAGAGUAGAAGAUACUCGUAAGCUACUAGUAUUUGAUCACAGAUGUCUCGGAAAUAUUACUCGUAUAUGCUGGGAUCACCGGGUAAGUAAUAAUGAGGUUAGAUGCAGG